AGUGGGCAAACAUACAAAAUCAGCAGGGGAUCAAAUACUUUUUUCUCCCACUGUAUGUCAUGUACUGAAUACUGUCUGAUUAUUAAAAACUAAGGUCUGGAAUGAAUGUGCCUUGAGUAUUGUAGAAUGCUUGUAAAAACAUGUACAUUUUACUGAGUUACAGUGCAUAUAAGGAAAUCAGUCAAUUUGAAAAAAGGCCCUAAUCUAUGGAUUUCAUAUGACUGGGAAUACAGAUACCUUAAAAAAAAAAUGGUAGGGGCGUGGAUCAGAAAACCAAUCAGUAUCUGGUGUGACCACUGGUGUGGCCUCAUGCAGCACGACACAUCGACUUCGCAAAGAGUUGAUCAGGCUGUUGAUUGUGGCCUGUGGAAUGUUGUUCCACUCCUUCAAUGGCUUUGCGAAGUUUCUGGAUAUUGGCGAGAACUGGAACACGUCGAUCCAGAGCAUCCCAAACAUGCUCAAUGGGUGACAUGUCUGAGUAUGUAGGUCAUAGAAGUACUGAGACAUAUUCAGUUUCCAGGAAUUGUGUACAGAUCCUUGCAACAUGAUGCCUUGCAUUGUCAUGCUGAAACAUGAGGUGAUAACGGUGGAUGAAUGGCAUGACAAUGGGCCUCAGGAUCUUGUCCCGGUAUCUCUGUGCAUUCAAAUUGCCAUUGAUGAAAUUCAACUGUGUUUGUUGUCUGUAGCUUAUGUCUGCCCACAACAUAACCUCACCGCCACCAUGGGACACUCUGUUCACAACGUUGACAUCAGCAAACUUUUUGGGAUCUUUUAUUUCAGCUCAUGAAACAUGUGACCAACACUUUACAUGAUGCAUUUAUAUUUUUGUAACAAACAAUUUAAUCAAUUUUAGAAUAAGGCGGUAACGUUACAUUUUUUUGGGAAAAGUCAAGGGGUCUGAAUACUUUCAGAAUGCACUGUAGAUCAUUAUCCAGGUCAGACCACAGCUAUAGGCUAAAGAAUAUCUAAAACUGGCUAUGAGCCUUUUUUGUUCUGUGAGAAGAAAUUGCAACACAUCAGACCACAGACAUAUACUGAACGCAGACAGAUAAAUUCUGACAGGAAGCAGGGCCACAACCACAAGACGAUGGAAACUCCACACAGGCUUCCUAUAGGCUUGGCAUUUGUUGUAUAAAAGGCUGGCAGAUUGAUUAAAUAAUUAUUCUUUGAUAAUGAUAUUGUAUGUAUUAUUUUGAGAAGCUUUAGUUGAAAUAAAGUGUACCUGUUCAUUCCUUUGAAAUGCAAUUGAAUACAAGUCCACAAAUAAUGUUGCUUUCAGUGAUGAGACAUGAUUCACCUGACCACAUCUAUGUAGUUCCUGUAGCAGCAUUGCUAGACUAGUCUAGCCCACAAACUUACAUAGCUCUACUAGACUAAACCAGAAGCAGAAUGUUACCAAAAAGUGGGAGAGACAUUUUCUGACCUACUGCUUAUCGAACAAAUGUCACACACGCAUUCCCUCAACACUCACUCAUUGUCAUGUCAUUUGAAGAACUCAAGCUUUUUUUAAGGUUCUCUUAGUGGGCAUAGCCAUGGAUGAGUCAGACAAAUUGAAACAGGGUCAAGGUAUGUCCACUCCGGCUUCCCAGGGGGUUCUACGGCCUGUUCUGAUUGGCUGUUUUUUUAUGGCGUGCUUCAUGGGAAUAUUCUUAAUUUACUACAAACCCCAGAUCAAGUUCCUUUCAUGCCCUACUGACCAGGCAUCCCACGAGUGGAAGGCUGGUUGUUCUCCUUGCCCUCAAGUAAGUAUGGCAGGGAACCACACAGGGCAAAAAACACACCAUGCCCAGACAGUCAUUCAGGCUGAUGAUGACGGAGACACAGACACUAUCAUUUUGAUCUGGAUGUGGCCAUUUGGUCAGGCCUUUGACAUAGACUCUUGUGCCUACUUCAACAUCAAAGGCUGUCACCUAACCGUGGAUAAAAACCUUUACAGCAAGGCGCACGGUGUCAUCUUCCACCAUAGAGACAUCCAUGGAGACCUGAAGAACAUGCCUCAAGAACAACGUCCAUGGUUCCAGAAAUGGGUGUGGUGGAAUGCAGAAUCACCGGCUAACACAAACAGGAUCCCUGGUGUUGACCACUUGUUCAAUUUGACUGCGAGUUAUCGACUGGAUUCUGAUAUCAAGAUUCCAUAUGGGUCGCUUGUCGAGGUAACGAGUGAAGAUAAAAUCUUUGAGCUGCCCAAGAAGGACAAAUUAGUAUGCUGGGUAGUGAGCAACUGGAACCCAAACUACAAGAGGGUACAGGUGUUCAACGAGCUCAAUAGACAUGUCAAAGUAGAGGCCUAUGGGAGACAUUUUAGUAGAUACCUAGAAAAUGAAGACUACUCAAAGACGCUGUCGAGCUGUAAAUUCUACCUGGCGUUUGAAAACUCCAUCUACAAAGACUAUGCUACAGAGAAGCUGUUCAACGCUAUGAAGUUGGGAGCAGUGCCCGUUGUUCUAGGUCCAUCCAGGGACAACUACGAGCAAUUUAUCCCAAGGGACUCUUUCAUCCAUGUGGAUGACUUCUCCUCUACAGAGGAGCUGGCAAAGAAGCUUCUCUUUCUCGACCAGAAUAAUGAAGAAUACAUGAGGUACUUCAACUGGCGGGAGAACUUUAAAGUCCAGGGAUGGUGGUUUGGACUUGAGCACGCCUGUCGCUCAUGUGAUUACAUUCAAAGAAAUAAAGGAUACAAAACUUUUCAUAAUCUAAAUCAAUGGUUUUGGGGCUAAUUGACCCAUUUGUAGUGGUCAACAAUGUGGCUGCGUGAAGAGUAUUGUAUGCUGGACAAGCAUCCUAGAAAUCAGAGAGUGCACGUAGGGACAUGUCAAAAUGCUACAUUUUAGCACGAUAAGUCUUUAUUCGUAUAAAAAAAAUCUGUUAUUGAAUUCUCCAUGUGGUUUACAUUAAAGGGCACUUCAUUUAAUAUAACAGGGUUUUACAAUCCAAUACUGGUGCACAAUUUCUACUUCAAAUAUUGAAGGGAUGGACAAGACACUCUUUCUUGAAACAAAACAACCCUUUAGAAUAUUAGGAGCCCUAGUAGCUGUUGAACAUGCAACAGCCACUUUUCCUGGGGUGCACACACACCAUACAAUACACGACAGAGAAAGGAGGGGGGAACGUGUAAUAUGACUUGUUACCUAAUAAUGUAAAAUGUUACCCACAUUAACAUCACGUAAUGUAAAAUGUUACCCACAUUAACAUCACGUAAUGUAAAAUGUUACCCACAUUAACAUCAUGUAAUGUAAAAUGUUAACCAUAUUAACAUCACGUAAUGUAAAAUGUUACCCACAUUAACAUCACGUAAUGUAAAAUGUUACCCACAUUAACAUCACGUAAUGUAAAAUGUUACCCACAUUAACAUCACGUAAUGUAAAAUGUUACCCACAUUACCAUCACGUAACGUAAAAUGUUACCCACAUUAACAUCACGUAAUGUAAAAUGUUACCCACAUUAACAUCACGUAAUGUAAAAUGUUACCCACAUUACCAUCACGUAACGUAAAAUGUUACCCACAUUAACAUCACGUAAUGUAAAAUGUUGCCCACAUUAACAUCAUGUAAUGUUUUUUUAAAUGUAACCUUCAUUUAACUAGGCAAGUCAGUUAACCUGUUGGGGCUAGGGGGCAGUAUUGAUAAAUUUUGAAAAAAAUAUGUGCCCAUUUUUAACUGCCUCCUACACCAACUCAGAAGCUAGGAUAUGCAUAUUAUUAACACAUUCGGAUAGAAAACACUCU